CCAGGCAGCCGGCUGAGGCCGAGCCGAGCGGAGCAUCCAUCUCCCACUGCAGCCGGGCCUGCCCUGCCCGCUGUGCCCCGGCAGCGUGGAAGUGUGAGAGACACCGCAGCCAUGACGACCCACGUCACCUUGGAAGAUGCCCUGUCUAAUGUGGACCUGCUGGAGGAACUGCCACUCCCAGAUCAGCAGCCCUGCAUUGAGCCUCCACCAUCCUCCAUCAUGUAUCAAGCCAAUUUUGACACAAACUUUGAGGACAGGAAUGCCUUCGUGACUGGCAUAGCCCGGUAUAUUGAGCAGGCCACAGUUCACUCUAGCAUGAAUGAAAUGCUAGAGGAAGGGCAUGAGUAUGCAGUGAUGCUUUACACCUGGAGGAGCUGUUCCAGAGCUAUUCCUCAGGUGAAGUGCAAUGAACAGCCGAACCGAGUGGAAAUUUACGAGAAGACUGUGGAGGUGCUGGAACCAGAAGUCACCAAACUCAUGAAGUUCAUGUACUUCCAGCGCAAGGCCAUUGAACGGUUCUGCAGUGAGGUGAAGCGACUGUGCCAUGCAGAGAGGAGAAAGGACUUUGUCUCGGAGGCCUACCUCCUAACCCUGGGCAAGUUCAUCAACAUGUUUGCUGUCCUGGACGAGCUGAAGAACAUGAAGUGCAGUGUCAAGAAUGACCAUUCAGCAUAUAAGAGAGCAGCCCAGUUUCUGAGAAAGAUGGCCGACCCCCAGUCUAUCCAAGAAUCUCAGAAUCUCUCCAUGUUUCUGGCGAACCAUAACCGAAUCACCCAGUGUCUUCACCAGCAGCUGGAGGUGAUCCCAGGGUACGAGGAGCUGCUGGCGGACAUCGUCAACAUCUGUGUGGAUUACUAUGAGAAUAAGAUGUACCUGACCCCCAGUGAGAAACACAUGCUUCUCAAGGUGAUGGGCUUUGGCCUCUAUCUGAUGGAUGGUAAUGUCAGUAACAUUUACAAACUGGAUGCGAAGAAGAGAAUCAACCUAAGCAAAAUAGACAAGUUCUUUAAGCAGCUGCAGGUGGUACCUUUAUUCGGCGAUAUGCAGAUAGAACUGGCCAGAUACAUUAAGACCAGUGCUCACUAUGAGGAGAACAAAUCCAAGUGGACCUGUACCCAGAGCUCCAUCAGCCCCCAGUACAACAUCUGCGAGCAAAUGGUGCAGAUCCGAGACGACCACAUCCGCUUCAUCUCUGAACUCGCGCGGUACAGCAACAGUGAGGUGGUGACGGGCUCAGGGCUGGACAGCCAGAAAUCUGACGAAGAGUAUCGGGAGCUCUUUGACCUGGCCCUGCGGGGGCUGCAGCUGCUCUCCAAGUGGAGUGCCCAUGUCAUGGAGGUGUACUCUUGGAAGCUGGUACAUCCCACAGACAAGUUCUGCAACAAGGACUGUCCAGGCACCGCAGAGGAGUACGAGAGAGCCACUCGCUACAACUACACCAGUGAGGAAAAGUUUGCUUUUGUGGAGGUGAUUGCCAUGAUAAAGGGCCUCCAGGUGUUAAUGGGACGGAUGGAAAGUGUCUUCAACCAAGCCAUCAGGAACACAAUAUAUGCGGCCCUGCAAGACUUUGCACAGGUGACCCUGAGGGAACCCCUGAGACAGGCAGUGAGGAAGAAGAAGAAUGUUCUCAUCAGUGUCCUGCAGGCAAUUCGGAAGACCAUCUGCGAUUGGGAGGGGGGGCGAGAGCCCCCCAAUGAUCCUUGCCUGAGAGGAGAGAAGGACCCGAAAGGUGGAUUUGAAAUCAAGGUCCCUCGCCGAGCAGUAGGACCUUCUAGCACACAGCUAUAUAUGGUAAGGACUAUGCUAGAGUCCCUCAUUGCCGACAAAAGUGGUUCCAAGAAGACUUUGAGGAGCAGCCUGGAUGGACCAAUUGUUCUCGCCAUCGAGGAGUUCCACAAACAAUCCUUCUUCUUUACUCACUUGCUCAACAUAAGCGAAGCUCUGCAGCAGUGCUGUGACCUGUCCCAGCUCUGGUUCCGAGAAUUCUUCCUAGAGUUGACCAUGGGCCGCCGGAUCCAGUUCCCCAUAGAGAUGUCCAUGCCCUGGAUUUUAACAGAUCAUAUUUUGGAAACCAAAGAACCUUCCAUGAUGGAGUACGUGCUGUACCCCUUGGAUCUCUACAACGACAGUGCGUAUUACGCUCUGACCAAGUUUAAAAAGCAGUUCCUGUAUGAUGAGAUUGAAGCUGAGGUGAACCUGUGUUUUGAUCAGUUUGUGUACAAGCUGGCAGAUCAGAUCUUUGCCUACUACAAAGCAAUGGCUGGCAGUGUUCUUCUAGAUAAACGUUUCCGAGCUGAGUGUAAAAAUUAUGGAGUGAUUAUUCCGUACCCGCCAUCCAACCGCUACGAAACACUUCUGAAACAGAGACAUGUCCAGCUCCUAGGGAGGUCAAUUGACCUGAACAGGCUCAUUACCCAACGCAUUUCUGCUGCGAUGUACAAAUCCCUAGACCAGGCCAUUAGUCGCUUUGAGAGUGAGGACCUGACCUCCAUUGUGGAAUUGGAGUGGUUAUUGGAGAUAAACCGCCUCACUCACCGACUGCUGUGCAAACACAUGACCCUGGACAGUUUUGACGCCAUGUUCCGAGAGGCCAAUCACAAUGUCUCAGCACCUUACGGCCGCAUCACCCUGCACGUCUUCUGGGAGCUGAACUUCGACUUUCUUCCCAACUACUGUUACAACGGUUCCACUAAUCGGUUUGUCCGAACAGCCAUUCCCUUCACCCAGGAACCUCAGAGGGACAAGCCUGCUAACGUCCAGCCUUACUACCUCUACGGAUCCAAGCCUCUGAACAUUGCAUACAGCCACAUCUACAGCUCCUACCGAAACUUCGUGGGGCCACCGCAUUUCAAGACCAUCUGCAGGCUCUUGGGCUACCAGGGAAUUGCAGUGGUGAUGGAGGAACUUCUAAAAAUCGUCAAAAGCUUGCUACAGGGGACCAUCCUCCAGUAUGUUAAGACACUGAUAGAGGUGAUGCCGAAGAUUUGCCGCUUGCCCCGCCAUGAGUAUGGCUCCCCAGGGAUCUUGGAAUUUUUCCACCACCAGCUGAAGGACAUCAUCGAGUAUGCAGAGCUGAAAACUGAUGUGUUCCAGAGUCUUAGGGAAGUGGGAAACGCCAUUUUGUUCUGCCUUCUUAUAGAACAAGCGCUGUCCCAGGAAGAAGUUUGUGAUUUGCUCCAUGCAGCUCCAUUCCAAAACAUAUUGCCCCGAGUAUACAUCAAAGAAGGGGAACGCUUAGAAGUCCGGAUGAAGCGUCUGGAAGCAAAGUACGCCCCUCUUCACCUAGUCCCUUUAAUAGAGAGACUGGGAACACCUCAGCAAAUCGCCAUUGCCCGGGAAGGCGAUCUGUUGACGAAAGAACGACUGUGCUGUGGACUGUCCAUGUUUGAGGUGAUCCUAACACGCAUCCGGAGCUACCUCCAGGACCCCAUCUGGCGCGGCCCACCCCCCACCAACGGGGUCAUGCAUGUGGACGAGUGUGUGGAGUUUCACCGACUCUGGAGCGCCAUGCAGUUUGUCUACUGUAUCCCAGUGGGGACCAAUGAGUUCACAGCCGAACAGUGUUUUGGAGAUGGCUUAAACUGGGCUGGCUGCUCCAUCAUUGUUCUCCUAGGGCAGCAGCGACGCUUUGACCUGUUUGAUUUCUGUUACCACUUGCUGAAGGUGCAGAGGCAGGAUGGGAAGGAUGAGAUCAUAAAGAAUGUGCCCCUGAAGAAGAUGGCUGACCGGAUCAGGAAGUACCAAAUCCUGAACAAUGAGAUCUUUGCCAUCCUCAACAAGUAUAUGAAGUCGGUGGAGACGGACAGUUCCACCGUGGAGCACGUGCGCUGCUUCCAACCUCCCAUCCACCAGUCGCUGGCCACCACUUGCUAAGCAGAGGGAACCUGCUCCGCCUAGAAGUGAAAGUUGGAGGUGGCCAAGACCAGACUCCAAGAACUGGAACAAGUGGGACAGGCACCAGAUCAAGCUGGACUCCCUUAGCGCACAUGCACCCAAGCCCACCAUCCAGCUCUCUGCAUGUUCUCCCUUGACAUCUCUGUGGUUGAUUUCCUCCGUAGCUUAAAAGGAAAAAAAAGGCAGUUCAUGAUUU